GCACGCGCAGGGCCGGCGUGCGCCGAGCGGGGGGCACCGCGCGGGCGCAGCCACGAUGGAAGGGGGUGCGUACGGAGCGGGCAAAGCCGGGGGCGCCUUCGACCCCCACACCCUGCUCCGGCAGCCCCACACCACACCACCCGGCGCGUCGUGGCUCUUCUCCAUCGUGGUGUUCGGCUCCAUCGUGAACGAGGGCUACCUCAACAGCCCCUCGGAGGGGAAGGAGUUCUGCAUCUACAACCGAAACCCCAACGCCUGCAGCUACGGCGUGGCCGUGGGCGUGCUCGCCUUCCUCACCUGCCUGCUCUACCUGGCCCUGGACGUGUACUUCCCGCAGAUCAGCAGCGUGAAGGACCGCAAGAAAGCCGUGCUGUCUGACAUCGGCGUCUCGGCCUUCUGGGCCUUCCUCUGGUUCGUGGGCUUCUGCUACCUGGCCAACCAGUGGCAGGUCUCCAAGCCCAGGGACAACCCGCUGAACGAAGGGACGGACGCGGCACGGGCUGCCAUCGCCUUCUCCUUCUUCUCCAUCUUCACGUGGGCGGGCCAGGCUGUGCUGGCCUUCAAGCGGUACCAGAUUGGCGCCGACUCGGCCCUCUUCUCCCAGGACUACACGGAUCCCAGCCAGGACUCCAGCAUGCCUUACGCCCCCUACGCGGAGCCCAGCGCCGGGCAAGACCCUGCCGGCGUGGGCGGCACCUACCAGCAGCCGGCCAGCGCCUUUGACCCUGAGCCCCAGGGCUACCAGUCACAGGGCUACUGAGCCGCAGAGACCGCCUGCCCCCCACCUGCCCCUGCCCCAGCCCCAGCCGCCCCUCCUCCACGCCAGCCCCUGGUCCCUCCCAGGCUGCCCUGCCCAGCGCCUCACCAGCCUCUGGUGGUUCCACUGAGGUCCAGAGCAGCUCGGGGUGGGAUGGGGCAGUAAGGGUUGGGGGUCUACACGUGUGUGCAAGUGUGUCCAGCAGGGGCUGCGGGUGUUUGCAUUCAUUCAUUGUGUCAUGGAGCGUUCACUGAGCGCCUCCAGUGUGCCAGGCCUGUGCUCGGCAUGGGUGGUGGGAGAGAAACGGCCCCUGGAAAGGGAGAAGUCAGAAGUGGAGGAGGCCCCGUUGGUACCAGAAGUGGGAAUGGUGGGAAAGACGGACCGGGGUGAUGCCGGGAAGGUUUGGGUGCAGGGUGAGUGUGAACCCCUGUGGGACACUGGGGGCUGUCAUGCCAGGAGUGACACAACAGCCCUGCAGGAGUGUGGGGGCUGUCUCCAUUUUAUGUUCGAGGAAACAGACCUGGAGAGGUCAAGGUCACUUGCCCAGGGUCAGUCAGGCAGCCAGUGGUGGAGGUGGGGCCACGCCCAGGCCACUAACUAUAGAGUACUUGCUGCCCCCCGUCCCUGCCUUCCUGCCCCUGAGCCUGGGGCUCUCCUGCUCAGUGCUACCAUCACUGAGAGGCCUUGAGGACCUCAGCCCAUGAGACACCCUGAUUCUGCUGCAAGCCAGGGGCCUGUUCUGCCUCGGCUGUCCCCGCAGCGGGGCAGCCCUGCCUCCAGGCCCCUGUCCCCACAUCCCGGCGGCCCCUCCCUGGCCUCCUCCCAGGGUUCGCAGCCAAGAGGGCUCGCCUCGCUCACGUGUUUCCCAGGCACGGCGCCUGUCCCCCAGGAAGCUCCAGCACCCCGUCUGUGGCCUCCGAAAGGACUGACCACUGUCCCUGCCUCUAGGAGGGGCUCACUACGUUCUUGUCCAGGGCAGGGUGGACGAGGAGGCCCAGAAGGGGGAGCGACUGGCCCAAGGUCACAGUGAGUGAAUGGCAGAGCUGGGCUUUCUGCCAGGGUUCUUGCCCCAGCCACCUAGCAGCUGCCCUGAUUCCCUGCCCUUGUGACCUCCCAGGAAACAGAACUGAUCUGGGACACUGUGUCAUCUUCCCCUCCGCCGAGGGCUCAGGGGCUGCAACAACCAAGGGCGUGGAGGGGCCUUCCUCUGGGCCCAGCAAGGCUGGCCUGAGAGCUGCUACAGUGGGACAAACCGCUCCCAAGAUGAGCAGUGAGAGCCCCUGGGCGUGGUAGGCUCAGGGAGGCCACAGGCUGGAGGGGGAGGGUAGCAGGUGUCCCCAAAGGCACAGGGAGGGUGUGGGACAGGGAGGGCUUGCACAAGGUGGGCUCCUCACUGAGCCGUAGGAGACAGGGCAGCCUUAAGGAUGGAGAGACGUGUGGGGAAGCUUGGGGUCCAGGGUCCACUGGCCAGUGCCUCGGGGAGCAGGGCAGGGGGGUUGUAGGUCGGCACCUGCUGGGUGUGCCCACCACCAGCACCCCGUGCCCCCACGUUCACUCACUUGCCCGUUGAUUCAGCAGUUAUGGGGCACCUCUGUGCAGAGGUCCCUGCCCUCAAGGAGCUGACAGUCCAUCAGAGACAAGCAUUAAAGCGACAGCUAGACCCAGGGUCCAUUAGGCGGGCGAAGCACGGGAUAAGCACAUGACAGGCCGAGACUCCCCGAGGAGGGGCCCUGUGGAUGGGCGGGAGCUGGCCUGGUAACAAGGGAAGGAGAAGGAACUUCUAGGCAGAGAAGUAGCGUCAUUUGUCCCCACUUAACAGAAGGAGGAACUGAGGCUGGGAGAGCGUGAGUGAGCAGUGGAGUGUGGAUCUGAACUGAGUGUUCCAGUCCUCCCGAGGGCAGCUGUGACGGAAGGACCCCAGACAGCGGAGCAACAGCUGGUUGUUGCUGACUUCAAUUUCCCACAUGUGGGGAAGGGGUCUGUCUACAGUCUCUCCCCCGGGGUGGCCCAAGUGGGGACAGGAUCCGGUCAUGGUUUCUGCCAGGCUGAGCAGGGGACCCUGCACCCGCCCGGAGUUUUGCAAAACAGGCAAGGGUGUGGGCGUGUUUGUGGUAGAGUGGUGACGUUCCGUGCCCACGCAGGAGGCUGCGAGAAGUCCUCCCCUUGCCACUCCCCACCCAAAACCUCCUGCUGAUGGGUGCUAGGAGACUCUAGGGUGCAGCUCAUCUGUUCUCCCUGGGCACUGACCCAUCCCUGGUGAUGCUGGGCUGGAGGGCAAGGUGCCAUUAAGCUUCACCCAAUCCCUGGGUGUGUAUUACAGGCCCUCCCUGCCGCCCCAGACUGAGAUAGUUUACAAGAACCCUGCCAGGAUUGGGGGGCACUGGGUCAUCUCACUUCAAAUCCCUCACUUGUCCCAGACACAAUCCCACCGUCAGGGUGGGCGCUGGUAGGGGCCAGCCCAUAGUGGUGAGAAAGAGAGGGCGAGAGAUGCCGGACGGCAGGCUUUAGGUGAGAUCCAGGUCCCCUGACUCCCCUCCUGGGAGGCUGGUGGGGAAGCCCUGCUCCUUCUGUUGGCUGAGGACAGCCCCCUGGGGCCCCAAGCUUAGAGCCUGUGCUCACAGGCCAGCGGUAUCCCCUUUUCCCUCCCUGCUGCCCCCUCUGCCUCUCCCUUGCUUCCGAGCCUUCCCUUGGAGCAGGGCUCCCCUGCAGCCUGACCUUGCAGAGUUUAGGCUCCCUCCUCCCAUCAAGCACAAGAGAGGGCCCUGGAGAACUAGGUUCCACACGGCUUUAGAGCUACAAGGACCCUUAGAGAUGGUAGAGUCUGGGCCAGGAAGGAAGUGACUGUCCCAAGUCAAGUACAGAGCUAGAGGUUCGGGGUUCCAGUCUCCUGCCUCGGAGUUGACACACAUCCUGUGGAGUCACAGGCCAUCUGGAUGCAGCUGCUGGUCCACCAGGGAUGUGACGAUUGAGGGACUAAUUCCCAGGGGACUGGCAUCUGCUCCCCCCUCCCACCUUCCUUGGUGAUUCUUGAUCUUAAGAGACUCCUGGGGGCCCCAGGCUUUCCCCCUGUAACCAAGAGCCCCCACUUGUGACCCCUUGGGGGCCCCCGACCCUUGGCCCGAGACCCCUUUGAUUCUCUAAGGAGUAUGAAGGGAGAGUACCCCUCCUAAGAAUUUGUGGGAGGGUGGGCUGGUCCAGCCAUCUCCCAGCGCUGCCCCUUGAUGUGACACUCCCCUCCCCAUGCCCACAGCCCUGGUCUGGGUGGCCCGGCCCGUUCCGCAGCGUUACUGCCUGUGUAUAGUAUAAAUAUAUAUAUUUUCUAUAUAUAAGAUGUAUAAUAUAAGGCUCCACAAAUAUAUCCGUGUGUGUGCGUGUGUGCAGUGAAUGGCGGUCCCCAUCCUGGGCCCCCACUGGACUCCCCACCACCUAGUUAAGUCUCUCAAGAGUGAAUCCAGUGGCCCUGUGGCACCCUCCUUUAUGACAUCUGUCCAUUUGUGAUGAACCAAGUGAAGGUGGUGUCUUCUGGUGACAUGGUAAUAAAGUAAAAAUCAAAACCCACCA